CUUUUCUCUACGGUGUUCAUAUCGUAGUCUUCUUCACCAUGGCGACAACAGCCUCCCAGGGGGCCCCUGCCAACACGACUUUCAAGGACAAGGAGAAGCCUAUGGCAGUUCGCACAGCCAACAUUCUGGCUGCUAGAGCUGUCUCCGAUGCCAUCAGAACCUCUCUGGGUCCCAGGGGUAUGGACAAGAUGAUUCAAACGCCCAAGGGAAACACCAUCAUCACCAACGACGGAAACACGAUGUUGAGGGACAUGAGCGUUAUGCACCCCGCCGCUAGAAUGUUGGUCGAUCUCAGUGCCGCUCAGGAUGUUGAGGCUGGUGAUGGUACUACAUCUGUCGUCGUUAUCGCAGGAAGCUUGCUUGGCGCUGCGGAGCGCCUGUUGUCCAAGGGUAUCCAUCCCACCGUCAUCUCGGAGUCCUUUCAACGAGCCGCUGCUGCCGCCGUCGAAAUCCUCCACAACAUGUCCCGGCCCAUCAACCUCACAGACCGCUCGACUCUCCUCCAGGCGGCUUCCACCUCUCUCUCCUCUAAGAUUGUCUCUCAGCACUCCGGCCUCCUCGGCCCCAUGGCCGUCGAUUCCGUCCUCAAGGUCGUUGAUCCCAAGACGGCAGAGAACGUCGACCUCCGGAAUAUUCGCAUAGUGAAGAAGGUUGGCGGAACAAUUGAGGACAGUGAGAUGGUUGACGGCCUGGUUCUGAACCAGCAAGUCAUCAAGAGCAGCGGUGGCCCCAGCAGAAUUGAGAAGGCCCGGAUAGGUCUUAUUCAGUUCCAGCUCAGCCCACCCAAGCCUGACAUGGAGAACCAAAUUGUCGUGAACGACUACCGCCAGAUGGACAAGAUCCUCAAGGAAGAGCGCCAAUACCUCCUCAACAUGGUCAAGAAGAUUCAGAAGACGAAGUGUAAUGUUCUCCUGAUCCAGAAGUCGAUCCUCCGUGAUGCUGUGAACGACCUAUCCCUUCACUUCCUUUCCCGCCUCAAAAUCUUGGCAGUCAAGGACAUUGAGCGUGAUGAGGUUGAGUUCCUGUGCAAGAGUCUGGGAUGCAAGCCCGUUGCCAACAUUGACUCUUUUACUGAGGACAAGCUCGGUACUGCCGAACUCGUUGAGGAGGUUCAGCAGUCUGGUGCUCGUUACGUGAAGAUUACUGGUAUCAAGGCUCCUGCUGCCGCUGCCAACCAGACCGUCUCCAUUGUGGCUCGUGGCGCCAACAACCUCAUUUUGGAUGAGGCAGAGCGCUCCCUGCACGACGCCCUCUGUGUCAUUCGCUGUCUGGUGAAGAAGCGUGCUCUGAUUGCUGGUGGUGGUGCCCCCGAGAUUGAAGUGGCUCACUCACUGGCCAUGCGCGCUCGUGAGCUCACGGGCACGGAGGCGAUCUGUUGGAAGGCCUUUGCCGAUGCUAUGGAGGUCAUCCCCACCACCCUGGCCGAGAACGCCGGUCUGAACUCAAUCAAGGUUGUCACUGACCUGCGCCACCGCCACGCUCAGGGCCAGCACAAUGCUGGUGUCAGCAUCCGCAGUGGAGGUGUCAAGGACGACAUCACCGAGGAGAACAUCCUUCAGCCUCUUCUGGUAAGCACCAGCGCCAUUGAGCUGGCUGCCGAGACGGUGAAGAUGAUUAUGCGUAUUGAUGACAUCGCCCUGUCGCGGUAAGUCAGGGAUUUAGUAUAGGUCAGUGGUGUAUUAUGACGAGUAAUCCAACAAAAAUCUACGAUGUUUAUAAUAUUGGGGUUGCUUCCACGGUAAACCUGGGUUCUUAUGAUUUGCACUGUCAUUUCUGUUGGCAGUGCCAUACUACGUAUGACAUGAAUGGAAGUUCCUGAGCCACCUGUUUU